GCUUCUCCUGCUUCCACGCAACCUACCCUCUCACACAUCUCGACAUGAAGCUCUUGGUGGUGGUGCUGGCGCUAGCAGGCGCAGUGCUGUGUGAGGAGCAGCAGCAGCAGCAGCAACAGGUGGCGAGCAAGAGGCAUGACAAGCGUGGCCUCUUCGGGCUGGGAGACUUCGGCGCCCUGGAGUACGGAACACUGGGCGGCUAUGGAGUGGGUUCAGCACUGGCUGGUGUUGCGGCACCAGCUGGCGCUGUCGCUGCCGCUGGUCCAGCCCUUCCAGCUCCUCUCCCAGCAGCUGUGCUCGAGCCCGGCGUCUCUGUGCACACCACCAUCACCAAGCAGGUCCCAGUUCCCGUACCAGCACCGUACCCCGUAACCGUGGAGAAGCACGUGCCCGUGGCUGUCCCAGCACCGUAUGCUGUACCAGUCCCCAAGCCGUACGCCGUCGCCGUACCCAAGCCGUACCCAGUCGCCGUGGACCGGCCAGUCCCUGUACACGUGGACAGGCCGUACCCAGUGCCGGUACCUCAGCCUGUAGCGGUGCCAGUGGCGAAGCCGGUCCCCUACUUCAUCCACAAGCCAGUGGCGGUGCCCGUGGCCCACCCCGUGCCCGUCGCAGUCCCGAAGCCCAUCGUCUUCGAGAAGACGUUCGAGCUGGGAGGCUGGCACUAGGCGGCGAGCCGCGCUGCUCCUCUGCGAG